GUGCAAAAAUGGCAGGCGCCCGUUAUUCGCCUGUCCUCCCCCAACUUGAUUGAGAGGAAGAGCCCAAAACCCUUUCCCAUCUCUCGUCCUUUCCUUCUAACUCCUUUGCUCACUUCUCUCUCUCUCUCUCUCUCUCUCUCCCCCCCCCCCCCUUCCUUUCUUCGGAACGAAGGGAAAACCCUACUGAUCGCCUCGUUCUAAACCCUAAGAGAGGUCUUCUAGUCUGUGCACUCCAAGGGCGGAGCCUGCGAGACCGGAGCUGCUUCGCCUGAGAAUGUCCCCACCGGCUGUCGAAUUCCCUCCGACCUCAAUCCCUGUAGGUGCUUGUGGCUCCGUUGAUGGAUCGGCGGUCCCACAAGCAUCGCGUCCAAGGUUUAUUAAGGUGAGGAGGCACUUGAAGUCCAGGACCGUGCCCAGUGAUCAGAAGAGCUCAGCUUCUGAUUCGUUCGGUUCGGUUCCCGCUGGUUCUGAUCGAGUCAAAAUCAGCGAUGGGAACGGAAAUGUACAUAGCCGCGGUAAUGAAUCCGUCAGGGUUAGCUCUUCGUCUGAUCAUGCUGGUUUUUCGUUUACUGGAGCUGGGAGGACUUCUGUGGUAAGCUUGAAUUCCUCAGAGAACCAUGCUGACUUUGGGAAGAAGGGUCAUUCUGAUUUUGUUUUUGGCUCUAGUCAGUUCCAUCCGGCAUCAAAUUCCAACUCAGAUAGUAAGGGUGUCUGCGAACACUUUGGAAAGCUCAAUUUGGGUGAUAAUUGGAAGAUGAAAGUGGAGGCAGCAGCAGGGAAUCAGGGAGCUAAGGCUAGUGAUGCUAUAUUCAAUUUCCAUUCUGAAGGGAACUGGAACCUGGGUCAGGGUUUGGAAAGUGGUGUAUUUGUAUUUAAAGGCAACGCACAUGGAAGUUCAAUUCACGACGAAAGCAGGGGAGGGAAGAGCUCUGGUGAGGUGAGGUCAAGAAGUAUCGAUCUUGACCUGAAAAACCAAGAUGACAACUUUGAUGUUGCUGACAGAGCUAAAGCAUCGGACCUGAAUUCUGAGGUUAUGUCUGAGGCUGCAUUUCGGUUAAGAAAAGAUGCCGAGGCAUCUCAACUGUGUCAGGGAAACUUGCCGGCUGCCUCAGUUGAGCAUAUCAAGAACCCAAAUAUAGAGGUCUGUGAUGCUGUUCAGAAUGAUCGUAAAUCCCAAAUAGCUGAUGAGAAUAUAUUCGUAUUUGGAAGCUGUGGUAAUUUUUCGAGUCAGUCUGCUGGAAACUCUAGCUGUGGGCCAUCUGUAUAUGUGGCAAAUGCAGAUCCUUCAAGUCUUAAAACAAAUUUGUUUUCGAAGUCGACAGGAUUUGAGUUCAGCCAGAAGAGUGACACUAGAGGUCGUAAAAUAACUGAGAAGAAGGGCAAGUCGAUGAAACGGUCUGCAGUUAACUUAUCUACAGGGAAGCAGUAUUUGCCAGAGGAAAAAAAUGCCGAUGAAAACUCAAGCACCUCCAAUUGCUAUUCACCCAUGGAUUUUUCUCCUUAUCAGGAAAGUAGAGUAGACCAUCUGUCUUCACAGGAAGUGCAAACAAAUGAGCCAUUGAGUGGUAAUUGUGUACCAAAGUUGUCAUGUUUGAUGGAAACUACUGAUGGUGGGUUUGAUGUUUCUAGCAGUUCUGGAGAUAGAUUGGGUAAAAUUGCAAGUGGUUCAACACGUAUAGUGACUGUUUCAGGAACUGAAACUGCUGCACAUCAACCUGACAGUGAUCGAGUUUGCAGCGGUGGCACAGUGAAUAGUAUUUCUUUGGGUUCAGAGAAAUCAGAUCAAGGAAGUUUUGCCUUCUCAUCUUCAGCUUCUCCAAAAAUUAGUUCUUUGAGUGGUAAAGAUCAGCUUAGAAAGAGUAACGUGGAACAUAAUUCUGCUUCCUCCGCUUCAACCACAGGUUCAACCGUGAAGGAUGCAUCUUUCUCCAUCAGAGGAGAGAGUGGAUCCACUUCUGAUAAAAGAGGUUCACUGAAGAAAGCUCCAGUAGGAGAGCCCACAGUUUCUAGGAAAUUGCGUCCAAGACUCAUGAAGUUGAGGAAGCACUCGCAUGGGAGGUCAGAGGCUGCAUCAACUCAUACGAAGGCUAAUCCAAUUUAUGCAGUUCCUGAUGGUCUGUUUCAAGUGAAACUCAACUAUGCUGAUAGUUCAACUUUAGAUAAUACUGCCACCCAGGACGUUAACUACUCAUAUAGAAAUGCCAGUCUUCUAUUUGGUGGUUCUGGUAGGACAUCUGCUUCAAAGUCGAAUGAAUCAGUGGAAGAAUAUCCUUUCUCAGAAUGUGGGAAGCAUGAUAACAUUGCUUCCUUUUCUGAUGCAAAUUAUGGCGGUUUGCAAUCAACGUCCCAGUUUUAUGAAGGAAAGUUUCCCACAGGUGUAAAUGGAUCUGAUUGUGAUGACAAGAAAGUAUUUGGUUGUUCCAAUGGCUUCAAAAGUUUUUGCAAUUAUGAGUCGAUGUCAAAGUGUAGAACGGAAGAGAUUGGUGAAAAGAUGGGAAAUUUGAGUUCCACUGAUUCUGGAAAGGACAAAACCAGUGUGGAAUCUGGUUUUGUGUUUGGCUCCAGUCGUUUUCCUACUGAUUGGGGUUCUGAUGAUGGUGUUUUCAUAUUUAAAAGCAGCUCCAAGCGAAGCUCAAUAGUUGGAGAAAGCUCGCUGCCAGAGAAUGAUCAUGGGACAAAGCCAAAUGUUGACCAUCUUGGGAGUACUUGCAACAUUUUUAAUAGUGGAAAUCAUGGUUUAGAUGUAGGUGGAAAGGAUGAAAGUGAUCUUUCUCCUAAACUUCCAGAUGGCAUGCAGAAAUUAGAUAUUCAUGACGGUGAGAACACUGAUGGCAAUCAUAGAAGUAAAGUCACAGGACAUGGUGAGCCUCAUUUUGUUUUCAGAAGUGGUACUGAUGCAUCUGACAUGCAUGCUGAUAGCUUUCCAAGUUCGUGCAGUGAUCAGAUCAAGAAUCAAAAUACAGGGGUUUGUGAUAGUGUUGAGAAUGGGAGCAAUAUCAGAAGUGCUGGCAAGGAUCAUUUCAUGUUUGGGCAUGGGGAUAGAGUACCUGGUGAGUUUCCUUCAACUGCCAGCAACAAGCCAUUUAUAUUUCGGACAGGGUCAACUGAGACCGCCGCUGUGAUAAAUGGUGCACCCUAUAAAGUGAAUAGCGGUACCCCUUUGAGUGAAGAUGGAAGAAAAGAUGCACUCGGUGCCAUGAGCCCAGCUGAUGGAAGACAGUCAUCUAAAGAUCCAAGUAUGCUAAAUAGGAAGUCUUGCUUAUUUCCAGAGCCGAAUACUGAAUUUAAAUUCUGUGGAAGGGCUGGAUCCUUAAGGAAAAAGAAACUUGGGAAGCAGGGAAAGUUGAGAUCAUACUCUAGAGAUAAGGUAAAUAUCGGGAAGCAGAAUGUUACAAGGGAAGACCAUCUUCAAGAGAAGGCAGAAACCCCUUACUGUUUUUCGUCCAUGGACUUUUCUCCUAGUAAUGAACAUGAAGCAGUGAAUCAGUUUUCAAGAAAAUCUUCAGCUGAGCCUGCUGAUGAUUGUCUGCAAGGUUUCAGUACCGGUGAGGAAGGAUUAGAUAUUGAUAAUAAAAAUACUUUUAGUUUCAGAGAAAAUUAUUUUAACGCGGACACUGAGAAUCUCUGCAAUAUGGUGGGAGAUGGAAUUUCUUCUAUCAGGGAUAGCGAUGUUAACCUUUCUAAAACUGAAGAACGUCCCAGCCAGAUGCAAUUUUCUUUUGCUUCAAGGGUGGAAAAAGAAAAUCAAGGAGGCUUUGUCUUCUCUGCAUCAACCCCAGUCGGACUUGGACCACCUGGAAGGAAGCGCCUGCAUAAGAAAAGAAAUAGUGCCCAAAGGGCUUCUGUUUCUUUUGUUCUUCAUCCAAAUUCAAACUCUUCCACUACUUUACCCUCUGAGACAACAUCUGGUUCAAGAGGAGAUGCAUCAUGUGUGCAUGAAGAUGAAGUCAAGUCAAGUCUGAAAGGACGAGAAACGUGUGAACAGAAGGAAGUCUCUUCAUCUGCUUCAAUACAAGAAGCAUGUGAAAAGUGGCGAUUCAGGGGAAACCAAGCUUACAAAAAUGGGCAUUUCUCAAGAGCGGAGAGGUUCUACACAAAAGGAAUCAAUUCAGUGCCUUCUCAUGAAACAUCAGGAUGCUGCCUCAAGCCUCUUUUAUUAUGCUACAGCAACCGAGCAGCUUCUCGUAUGUCUGUUGGUAGGCUAAGGGAAGCAAUUGAUGAUUGCACUAGGGCUGCAGUGCUGGAUCCCAACUUCCUGAAAGUCCAAAUAAGGGCAGCGAACUGCCAUCUUGUGCUUGGAGAAAUUGAAAAUGCAUUAAGCUGUUUCAAUAAGUGCUUGGAAUCUGGAGCCAAUGUCUGUUUGGAUCGUAGACUCAUAAUUGACGCAGCAGAUGGCCUACAGAGGGCCCAGAAAGUGGCUGAGUAUAUUAAGCUCUCUGCAAAGAUUUUGGAAGAAAAAUGUUCCGACGCUGAAUCGAGAGCCCUGGAAAUUAUUUCAGAGGCCAUGUCAAUCAGCAAAUUCUCGGAGAAAUUGCUCCAAAUGAAAGCAGAAGCACUUUAUAAGUCGCGGAAGUACCAAGAGGUCGUUCAGCUUUGCGAUCAGUCUCUUAUUAUUGCUGAGAAGAAUUUUUCCACAUUGGAUACGCCUAAUGGAUCAGAAGAUGUCGAUGAUUCCAAAUGUGAAGGGAAGAUGAGUGUUAGACUCUGGAGGUUCUUAUGGAUGGCCAAGUCUAAUUUUUGCUUGGGAAGGCUUGACGAGGCACUCGAUUUACUUCGAAAGGUGGAAAGGACUGGAUGUAUCAGCGACGGAUCUCUGUCUGAGUUUAUGGCAUCAGCAGCUUCGCUAUCUUCCACCAUACGUAAGCUUUUAGACUGCAAGAAUUCAGGAAAUGAAGCAUUUCGAUCGAAGAAGUACGCAGAAGCAGUGGAGCAUUAUACUACUGCUCUAUCAAGCAGUAGUGAAUCACGGCCUUUCGCAGCAAUCUGUUUCUGCAAUCGAGCUGCUGCUCAUCAGGCACUAGGCCAAAUUGCUGAUGCCAUUGCAGACUGCAGUCUAGCAAUUGCCCUUGAUGGAAAUUAUGCAAAGGCUGUUUCUAGAAGAGCCACCUUGCAUGAAUUGAUUAGGCACUACGAGCAAGCAGCUGCUGAUGACUGCAAGCUUAUAUCAAUCCUUCAAAGUCAGUCCAAUCAGAAGAAUAAAGCAUCUGGCGGGCCUAGUGACAGGGCCAACGAACUAAAGAAAGCUUAUAAGCACAAGUCGUCCAUGGAAGAGGAAGCCAAGAAGGAAAUACACCUGGACUUUUACCACAUUCUGGGAGUGAAAAAGACAGACACUGCAGCAGAUAUCAAGAAGGCUUAUCGUAAAGCAGUUUUGAGACAUCACCCAGACAAGGCUGGUCAGCUCCUGCGGAAUGACAAUGGCUAUGAUGGACAGCUCUGGAAAGAAAUUGCUGAACUGGUUCAUGAGGAUGCUGAUAGGCUCUUUAAGAUAAUUGGAGAAGCGUAUGCAGUUCUCUCAGACUCCUCAAAGCGUGCAAAGUAUGAUCUUGAAGAGGAAACUAGGUAGAACCCGAAGGAAAGCAGUGGAUACAGCAGUUACUAUAGGAACUCAUCGGACUUCUCUGACUUCCCAUCAUGGAGAAGCAGCAGCAGACGGUAUGAGCACGAGAAUUGGAAGACUUAUGGAGAUUCAUACUCCUAGUGGUAGAAAGCUUAUGGAAUAAUUCCGUAGAUCUUCGCAUAGGAAACUUGGGAUUCAAACUUGCUUUACGUCAAGGACUGCUGAAGACCAGUGAGGACUAUCUGGCAAAUAAUCUGAGACCAGAUGGGACGUCUAUGACAGAGCGCCAUUUUCACACCCAUCAGAGUCAUCGAAGAUUCAAAUAAAUCAAUCCGCCUGCUCUGCAUUAUCCGCCAAGUAUAGAUGCAUAAACUGCAGGUAAGUGUUCAGUCUGCUUUCCCGCAUACAAGAGGAAACUACUCUCCCUGGAUUCAUCGCGUUCUUUGGCGGCUGCUUGCGAUGGAAUCAGCCCGGCUUCCUGCUUGGGAAGAGAUAUAUAUCUAUACACGUACACGCCUGUCUUCACAAUUGAAGUUCUUUGAUUGUUGAUUGAGGCAUGUACUCGAACAAGAACCCGGGUGGUUGUAAUGUUGAUUUCUAUGGAUGAGAAAUCUCUCCCCAGCCAUUUACAAGAGACUCAUGCGUAUCAUCUUGGCUGCGAAUCUAUUGAGACGGUUGACAAGCUAGUCGAAUAACUAUCA